AAGAAGUAGGUGGGAGCAUAUGUCUAUGGGUGGGAGUCCUUCAGCAUCUCGCUACUGUCUACUGUAGCCUUAGCUAGCCAACUAGCUCUCUUAAAUCAGCCACAACCCGCCAGCUAUGCAGGUUUGCCAACCUGUUUCUGGACACAUACAAGAAGCCGGAAACUUCAAGGUUUUUGUAAGAAUGGCGCACACUAACCGGGAUACUUUGACUUAUCCACUCUGUUGAACAUUUGUGCCCACGUCCAGCAACAACAACCACAGCUGGCUAACAAGCUUAGCUAAAGUUAGCAUUAGCGAGCAACCGCUGAACAGCUGUAAUCCCGGAAGGCCGGCGCACCGAGUGGGGAUUUUAACUUCUCUCUCCGUGUCUGGACUGAACCAACACAAAGUCGCUAGCCAAUGAUAAAUUACUAUUUAUCAUUUAUCGGUAAGAAUGGAGUCCUCUUUGGGCAUAUGCGACGAGGAGUGCUUGGCAACGGUGAGAGUUCAGGAGCUGAGGGCUGGCCAGAAGGAGCCCAGACUACUGUCACUAAUUGAGCGCAGUGGAGAGUUUAUAUUGGGUGUUUUGGCGACGCCUGAUGCUGUUGUGUCUCGUCCAGUGGCUCAGCUGUCUAUACCCAUCAAUGGUAAUUUUGAAAUAGUUCGAGAGGCGGAAGAGGCUCUUCUUAUUAACUUCUCAGUAGCUUCCUGCGUUAGAAUACGAAUCAAAGGAGAUAAAGCUCCAGAGCUGCUGUUGGAACUGCAGGAUGAUGAUCGGACUCAGACUUUCUUUGUCCAGGUGAAGAGUGCUCAGCAACAGGUUGAAUCCAAAUUCACGAAACCCAAAGCAAUGGAGCCCCUUGCGGCAACAGCCCUGAGAGGUCCGGUCCCGAUCCCACCGCAAAGAGCAAACAAGACUGCUAACUCUGUGGGCUCUGGAGUCAACCCACCCAAAUCUACCAGUGCUCUGCUUCCCAACCUAAACAACAGCAGGUCAACAAAUCAGACUAACGCAGAUCCAGUUCAAUCACUUGCCUCAGACUUUGGCUUUGAGGACAACUUUAACCACGCUCUCAAAGUGGAGGAAAAAAAGAACCACCAGAAUCGUAUCGUCGCCUCUAGGGAGCCUCCUCCGGUUCCCCCUCUACCUCCUCGCAAAGCCUCCUACACUCCAUCCAAUCCUCUGCCUCCUCCACCAAUCCCUAAAGACAGAGCUGUCUCCCUACAGGCCAGAGACAACUCCAAACCAGAUAGUUUUAGGUCAGGGUUUGACCAUGCGGACAGGCCAUCGUCUUGGAGCGAGAGCCCCACAACCAACAGCAUGAGACAGGCCAUGUUAUCCAGCCAGGCAGGGCAAAGAGAAUACCUAAUCAAACACCGCCUGGGUAAGAAGGAGCACGAGUACGUGGACAUCCAGACCUUCAGGUUUUUCACAGGUACGUGGAAUGUGAACGGCCAGGCUCCAGACAGCAGCCUUGAGCCGUGGCUCUGCUGUGACACAGAACCUCCUGAUAUUUAUGCUCUGGGUUUCCAAGAAUUGGACCUGAGCACUGAAGCUUUCCUCUACAUGGACUCGCCCAAGGAGCAGCUGUGGGUGGAAGCUGUGGAGAGGAGCUUGCACCCAAAAGCCAAAUACAAGAGGGUUCGAAUGAUACGUCUAGUUGGGAUGAUGCUUGUCAUCUUUGUCAAAAAGAUUCACAAGAAUCACAUUAAAGAAGUGGCUGCAGAGCAUGUGGGGACAGGAAUCAUGGGGAAAAUGGGGAACAAAGGAGGUGUGGCAGUCAGGUUUGUUUUCCACAAUACUAGCUUCUGCAUCGUCAACUCUCAUCUAGCAGCACACGUGGAAGACUUUGAGCGCCGCAACCAGGACUAUAAAGACAUCUGUGCCCGCAUGUCUUUCCACUUACUGGACCACCCCCCUCUCAGUAUCGUCAAGCACGAUGUAGUAAUCUGGCUCGGGGAUCUAAACUAUCGUCUGUUCAUAUACGAUUCGGCUGAGGUCAAGCAGCACAUCUCUCAGAAUGAGCUAAAAAAGCUUCAGGAGCUUGAUCAGCUGAACAUUCAGAGGCAGACGAAGAAAGCCUUCACAGACUUCAUGGAGGGAGAGAUCAACUUCAUUCCCACGUACAAGUACGACCCAAAAACGGAUCGAUGGGACUCAAGUGGGAAGUGCCGUGUCCCGGCUUGGUGUGACAGAAUCCUGUGGAGGGGCAACAAUGUCAAGCAGCUCAAAUACCGGAGUCACAUGGAGCUGCAAACUAGUGACCACAAGCCUGUUAGUGCUCUCUUCACUGUAGGGGUUAAGGUGGUAAAUGAGCAGCGCCACAAAAAGGUGUUUGAGGAGAUUGUUCGAGCGAUGGACAGAAUGGAGAACGAUUUCCUUCCAUCUGUAACUCUGAGCAGGAGAGAGUUUACAUUUGGGAAUGUGAAAUUUCGCCAGCUUCAAAAGGAGCGCUUCCUUAUAACAAACGACGGCCAGGUCCCCUGUCACUUUGCCUUCAUCCCCAAACUCAAUGACUCGCAGUAUUGUAAGCCUUGGCUCCGUGCUGAGCCAAGCGAUGGAUUCUUAGAGCCGAAUGAGACCCUGGAGAUCUAUCUGGAGGUGUACGUCAGUAAAGACUCCGUCACGCUGCUGAACUCUGCAGAGGACGCCAUAGAGGACAUUCUGGUGCUCCAUCUGGACCGUGGCAAAGACUACUUCAUUACAAUCUCUGGCAACUACCUGCCCAGCUGCUUUGGUACCUCGCUGGAGACUCUGUGCCGCAUGAAGAAGCCCAUCAGAGAGAUCCCCAUUACCAAACUAAUUGACCUGGGAGAGGACAACUACAUGGAAAAGGAAAGGUCAAAAGUGAACUUCCUGAUGGUGGAUGGUGCAAGUACCGAGGACAAACCUCUGAAGAUCCCAAAAGAAGUGUGGAUUCUUGUCAACCAUCUCUUCACCAAGUCCUGUGAUCAGGAGGACUUGUUCCAGACACCAGGCCUACAAGAGGAGCUGCAGAGCAUCAUCGACUGUCUGGACACCAGCAUCCCAGACUCUAUCUCUGGUUGUAACCACUCUGUAGCUGAGGCUCUGUUGAUCUUCUUGGAGGCCUUGCCGGAGCCAGUGGUGUGUUAUGAACUCUACCAACGGUGCCUAGACUGCUCUCAUGACAGCCGCCUCUGCAAACAGUGGAUCUCCCAGCUGCCCCGGGCACACCGCAACGUGUUUCGCUACUUAAUGGCGUUCCUGAAGGAACUUCUCAAGCACUCACACAACAACAACCUAACAGCCAACCUCAUAGCUACACUCUUUGCCAGCCUCCUUAUCCGUCCGCCUCCCAAUCUGAUGGGCAGGCAGACACAACACGAACGGCAGAAAGCCAUCGACUUCAUUCUGGGUUUCCUCAUGGCAGGAGACGAGGAGUAACCGAGGUUAAUGGUACCUCACGCCAUCAGUUGGGUUUGGAGUUGAUUCCCAGCCUGGCAUGCUGUUGGCAAAGAACCUGGACCUGUAGGACACUGUGGAACAUCCACGUGGUACUUUGUCAUCUAUUGGAGAACAGUGCAGUUCUUGCAUCCUUCCUUUUCACAAUCGCUCAUGUUAGAGGAACUCGAGACUUCCAUUAGAGCUGUGAUGAUUUUACCAAGUGUUAUAUCUUCAGUUUGUUCAUAGGAUGACCACUCGCUGGAUUUGUAAGCACUUAGGAGAGGUUUAAACUCAUGCCUAUGCACUUUCUGAAGACCGAAAGGCUGUGGCUCCAGACUAAAGUUGUUCUCCUCCUCAGCUGACCCUUCUUAUUGUAGGCGCUCAUGCCAAAAAUAUCUCUCCUGAACAGUGAGUGAGUGGUAUGAAUGUAAAAAAUACUAUGUAUCCAUAGAUGCUAAGCGAAAGACUCAAUUACACUAAAGAAAAGUAAAUCCCUGAAGUUUAAAGAAGUAGACUGAAUAAGUUAAAAGUAUAAAUAGUUUGAAAUGGGAUAAUUGUGGAAAUGUAUCACUAAGAAUGUUUAAGCUUAAGAUAAAUCAUGACAAUCAUUCAUUUUAACUGAAGUGACAAUAUUAUAGCUAUCAUUUGGACCUUUUUGUUACCAUACGGAUUGUAUUAUAACUGUUAUUUAAAUAUUUUUCAUCUAAGUUUGCACCCUGGGAAUGGUUUCUGGUUCCUUCUACAGUAUGUUUUUUUUUUUUUUUUUUUU